GUCACAGAUCCAGGGGAGGAGACGCCAAGGACCAAGAGACGAGGUUCCCUGCCCAAGGUGGCCCGCCACAUCUCUGGCCGGACGUGCACACUUCUGGUGGUCAUCUAGAGGCAGCGCUGGCCACACCUGGGUCCUCUUCCUUGGGUUGGAGGGGCAGGAAGCCGGUGGCGGGGAUCAGAGAUGGGCUGUGCCUGGAGGCUCUGACCCCUGCUCUCAGGGCCAACAGGAGCAUGGACAUAGGCAGGCAGUGUUCCCCGAAGGCUCUGCCCCUCGUGUCCCGGGCCUUAGGAGAAGCAGAUUCUCAAGCCGCCCCCAGAGAGUCAGGAAGGACCUGAACCCCACCUUCUAGCAGGAUCCCUGUCCUGGGUCCCCCGGACCUGUCCCCUCCCCUGGCACCCGCCCUGGCCCCUGCGCUCCGGGGCUGGGGCGCAUUCCCCUCCGGCAGGACCCUCCCCGCCGAGCCCGGGAACGAGCCCCUCCCCAGCCGGCCACUGCGCUCCCCGGCCCGCUCCAGGGCCAGCUCCAGGGCCAGCUCCCGGGCCAGCUCCCGGGCCAGCUCCCGGGCCUCCCAGCCCCUCCGCGUUCCCGAGGCUAAAGCCGGGGGCACCCGAGACCUUCGGUGGCAACGGGCGGACCUGGAUCCUGGGCUGUGGGCUCCCGGGAGGAUGAAGCAGGCCCUGGUAGAUGAUACCGAGGACGUGUCCCUGGACUUUGGCAAUGAAGAGGAGUUGGCCUUUAGGAAAGCCAAGAUCAGAGGAGACAGCUGUUCCGGUGGUCUUCAUGUCUCCCACAGGAUUCAACAUGACAAACGCACCUGCGGAGGCUCUGGGCCCCAUUUGUGACCUGCAAGACUCUGAAACCUGGUCCCCCCGGGAGCUUCCGGGCACUGGGAGAGGAACAGGCGUCCCCCGUGACGUGGGGCCUCCGCUGCGGGCCGCGUGUUCGCUGGGUUCCUGGUGGAAUGACCUGACCUUCGUCUUUAGGGGAACUGGCCCUGUGGCUGCGAGGCACCCCCUGGCCACCUUUUUCCACCUGUUUUUCCGAGUGAGUGCCAUCGUCACCUACGUGUGCUGUGACUGGUUCAGCAAGAGCUUUGUGGGCUGCUUCGUCACCGUGCUGCUCCUCCUGUCCUUCGACUUCUGGUCUGUGAAGAACGUGACGGGGAGGCUCAUGGUGGGCCUCCGGUGGUGGAACCAGAUCGACGAGGACGGGAGGAGCCACUGGAUCUUCGAGGCCAGAAAGGCCUCUCCGAGCAGCACGGCUGCCACGGAGGCCGAGGCGCGGAUCUUCUGGCUCGGCCUCAUCAUCUGCCCCGUGAUCUGGAUCCUGUUUUUCUUCAGCACCUUGUUCUCCCUGAAGCUCAAGUGGCUGGCCCUCGUCAUCGCCGGGAUCUCGCUCCAAGCCGCCAACCUCUACGGCUACAUCCUCUGCAAGAUGGGAGGCGAGAGUGACAUCAGCAGAGUCACGGCCAGUCUCCUGUCCCAGACCGUGUUCCAGACGGCGUACCUGUCACCAGAGGCAGAGAUGGCCUAGACGGGGUUCCGUGGUCAAGGGGGCUCCCCGAAGAGCACGUCCCGGCCCCCAGCCCUUGGUGUCCAGGAAGCAGGCCUCGUGGGACAGGUUCAAGGAGACACUUUUAUUUUAAAAUGGCACGUGUGUAAGGAAUGCCCUUUGCUGUGUUCUGAAGAAGGUGGCAGACAGGUGAUCAAAGUGUCUUCAGGACGUGACUUCGUGCGGCACCAGAGUCUGGUCCCUUUGCCUGCAACCCCACCUGACCCGAGUGCUGCCCGGAGGUUUUGCAGCUGGGGGCUGCCUGGUCCCCGGCUCUGUCCCCUGCUUCAGGAACUGCUGAGGCUCUCCUCUUUUGAUUGACGGGGACUACAGAACUCCUGGAUUUCUGGAAAACAGCGAAUGGGCAGAGCGCUAACCUGACCCGCCCUGCAGGGUGCUGCCACGCCACAGCAGAACCCCGGCGGCCGAGUCCCUGCGAAAGCCUGUCCCUAAGAUGCCCUGAAUCCUAGAAUGUGACCCCAAUGCCUCCCACUGCCCACUGCGGUUGUAACCAGGGGCUGGAGGCCUUAUGUGGGCCCAUUCCGCAGCUGGCCCCUGGGGACUGCAUGAGCGGACACCAUUUUAUUGGCAAGUAAGACCCGGUCUCAGCUGAGAGGUGGGAACUUCUGGGACUGCUACCUUAAACCCAAGGCCACCAAGACUGCCUGUAGGUGACAUCUGGCCUGACGGUGGCUUUGUUUUGCACCCCAAGGUUGGAGGUUUUUCUGGUACCGAGGACUGAACUCGGGCCUCGAUCACUGAGCCACACCCCAGCCCUAUUUUGUAUGUUAUUUAGGGAAGAGUCCCACUGAGUUGCUCAGCACCUCCCUUUGCUGAGGCUGGCCUUGAACCCGCGAUCCGCCUGCCUCAGCCGCCCGAGCUGCUGGGAUGACCGGCUGCGCCACGCGUCUGACUUUGGGUUUGUUUGAAGUCAGUUUCUUAUUGUCUUCCUGAAACGCACUUCCUCUGCCAUGGAUUUCACCUCCCUGUGUCUGUUAAGCUAUGAACUGGUUCUCCGCACGGACACCCGGGGAGCUUCCUCACGGCGUCUGGGGCCACUCUGUGGUCCCGCUCCCCACCACCCGUGCUGCAGGCGAGUACUCCGUCCUCCCGCCCAGCUCCCGGUCAGCAGGCGUCUGCGGUGACAGACACACACUUACUCUGAAUUAUGCUUCUGUAGGCUAAGGUGGCUGGUGAAUCUGGUGCUUCAAUAAAAAAGGACUGGCCUUUGUCA